AUGCAAAGCAUCUACCAUCAAGCUGAUUGCGUUCUGGUAUGGCUAGGUCUCGAGGACGUGAGCAACUCAAAGAUCAUGCACCUCUUGAAGCGCAUCGACAAAAGCCACCACCCCGCAAGGGUGAGGGACGGUAGAGAAUGGCUCCCAGACGGAAAAUGCCUCGACCGCUACCGCUCCGAUCUAGUGGCGUUCUUACGCAACGCUUAUUUCCGACGUGUGUGGGUGAUCCAGGAAAUCGCGCUCGGCUCUGAAGUCUUUGUCGUGUGCGGCUCGCAAGGGGUACGGUGGAGCGCUCUCGAUGCCCUUGUGGGUUGUAUAUGGAAAGAAACUCCGAUUCGUGGACGUGCCAUCGAUCAUCUCGCACAGCUUUGUCAAAGUCGCUCCAGGCGGCUUGAAGCGCAACCCGUCAGCCUUCUCCAGGUGCUGUCCGAGAGUCGUGAGGCCGAGGCCACCGAGCCAAGAGACAAACUCUACGGGAUCCUGAGUCUGGCUUUCGACUCCAGUCUGUACGUGAUCCAACUUGACUACAGUCGGACCGACUCGUGUGUCUGUCUCGAGGUCACCCGGGCGGUGAUCUGGGCCAAAAGAUCGUUGGACAUCAUCUUUGUGAGCUCGAGGCGCGAGAAAUCCAGCCUCAGGUUGCCUUCCUGGUGUCCAGACUACCUUCAUUGGCCUGGCGAUCCAGCCUGCAAUCAACUCGUCCCGUACGUGUCGGGCCUCGACAGCCGCGCCUCAGGAGCACCGGGCCCGGCCAAAUGGCGAGCUUCAGGAGGCAGCCUGGUCAACAGAGACGUCGUUAGGAUCCAGCAUCGACUCCUUCUGACAAGGGGCAUCAAGAUUGGAACAAUCAAUGGGCUUGGAUGUCUGCCGCGCGAGAGGUGCAAGCCUUGUCACACUGGCGACUCGUUCCGACCGUGUAGUAGAAGCGAUCGCGCGCUCUUCUCAGCGAUAACUCGCACCCUGGGGCUGCAUGGGUGGUCUUCUCCACAAGCAAACGCCAACACAGACAACGGCGAUGGAAUUUCGAGGCUGUUCUACUAUCUGUAUACUUUCGACACGUCGCGAAAAGCCGGUUCCAAGAACAGUCGAUACUUCAAAGAGAGAUACUCCACUAUCAUCGACUGGAGGGAGGCCAAUAGGAACUUUCGGGUCUUCGGAAAGACGCUGGGAGAACGAUCGAACAAUAUGGACGCUUCUCUGUACACGGGAGCCUUCAGGGACAGCGUCCACGCCCUCAUACGAGCGGCUAUGAGAUCUGGUGAUAAUGCUUGGAUCAACCCUUGGAACUAUGGCCAUACCGGUCACAGACUCCCGGCGGAGCUCGGUGUAGCACUGGACGGGCUCCAGUCGCUGAUAAGGGCAGAACUACGAUUAAUGACGACCAGUAAAGACGACGUUGGGUGGGCUCAUCCCGAUGCCCGGCUCGAUGACGGCAUCUGGCUGCUCCAUGGCUGUUCCUUGCCAGCCGUUUUGCGUCCGUCAGGAAGCCAUGAAGACGAGCAUAUCCUCGUGGGAUACGCUUACGUUGAAGGCGUGAUGAACGGCGAAGAGUGGAUGCGACGUGAGACUAGGGAUCUCAGGCAGGUUGUGCUAUGCUAG